CCAGCCUCUUCGCGUCCUCUUGGAUUUACCUCCGCAACCAAACCAACCAACCAUCAUGCCUGCCAUCGGAAACGAGCUCUCCACCUUCGUCUCCCAGUUCACCAACAACCUGGACCUGUUCAAGGGCCAGAUCAGGGACGCCCUCACCACCCUCGACAUCACCACCAUCGCCACCGUCCUCCUCGUGGUCGUCGGCGCCGUCCUCAUCUACGACGUGUUCGUCUACCUCCUGUCCACCUCCAGCAGCAAGAGGUCGCUGAUGAUGUCGCCCGUGCUGGCCCAGCUCGCCUCCAACGCCUGGGACAUGAGGGACGAGCUUGGCUUCUCCAACAUGAUCGAGUCCAGGUCCUUCGAAAGCCUAUCCCCCGUCCUGAACGCCAUCAGACUAGCCGUGGAGAAGUACGAACACCUCCAAUAGAGUGCUCAUGGGACUUCUUCAGCCUCCUGCAGAAGAUCACCAUGAGGGAGCACGUCCACCGUCCCUCAGUCUCGCCCUCAACUGAGAAACAGGCAUCUCAGGUUGUCUUCAGCAACAACUGGAGAGCGAGAUCUGCGAAGGCGUUAAGAUUUGUUCGUCAGUGAACCUUCUAAAGGCGCGGCUAAAAUAGAUGUCAUGUCGUUUGCUCAGCUGCCUGUCUUAUCUCAGAAAUUUAUAUGAAUAUUCUCAAGAAGGUCCCGGGCUCUUGCUGGUCGAGAGGAAAAGGCUGGGCUCCUUUUGUGAUAGUUGUUCCUUGUUUUCCUGCUUUUUUUUUUUUUUUUUUUUUCUGUCAUUAUUACUUUUUAUUUUCUUUUGUUUCGUUUUUGUUUUAAAUCUGCCAGACAGAUCAACCAUGUAGUGGUUUAUAAUUUAUAUGUUGUAUUUAAACUUUGUAUAAAUAAAUGAUUUUUUAAAAUGUAAA